CUGCACGAUCAUCACCAUCUCCUCGAUCGAGUCCACCUUCAUGUUCCUUCUUCCUCCAGGGUCCUCCCUCUUCGUUGUCACCCCUCUUCUCCUCCAAGUCUGGAGCCUGGACCUGGACUCCACCAUCAUAAACGUUCGAGCAUGCAUGUCCUCCCUCUUCGUUGUAACAAACUGCUGCUGCUCCCAGGCGCCCUUGGCAUCUGACAAUGCUUCGAAGCGAAGGUUCCAAUUCCAACCAGAAACAACCGUCCAACGGCAGGGCUACGUCGGCACAUCGUGUCAGCAGGCCCUCAAAACCUGCAAGCAAGCCAGCGGAUCGCGCGCCUUCUGGCCCUUCUCCAUUGCAGCACCAUGCUGCCAGCAGGACCCAUCUCAACAGGUCCUCGGCGUCCAUCGACCUGACGCCGACGACGAAGCCAUCGCCUGGAGGAGCGGCAGGACGCCGAUCCUUCAAGGCGCCGCCGGCGUCCCGGAGCAGUAGCACUACCGAUAGACAACAGCCGAGGGCUGCGAGGACGUCCGAGCUGCAGCCGCAGCAGCUGACCCUCCUGCAGGAGGACCUCAAGAACGCGAGGGACCACCUGGCCUCCCUCGAGAAUGACAGGGCUCAGAUCCUCGAGGAGCUGGCCGUCUCCAAGUGCCUCGCCGCCGACGCCUACGGCAAGCUGGAGGACUUGCUGGUCGCGCAGCGGCGGGCCGAGGAGGCGCUGGAGCUCGAGAGGUUCAAGUCCACGGAGCGCGAGCAGGCUGCCAUCGACCUGGCGCAGAGGACGGAAGACGAGUGGCAGAGGAAGUACGACAGCGUCAGGACGCGCCACGCCGAGGACGUCGCCUCCCUCGUCGCCACGACCAGGGAGCUCGAGGCCGUCAGGGACGAGCUGGCCGCCACCGCGCAGGCCAAAGAAUCGGCUCUAAACCAGGCGGACGAGCUGCAGGAGAUCGCCAACGGCAAAGCGGAGAAGGUGGAGGUCCUGACGGCUGAACUGGCCCGCCUCAAGUCCCGGCUCGACACCGAGCUGGAGAACAAAGCCAAAGAAGCCGCGAAAGUCGUCGAGAGGCUGGAGUCUGAAGCUUCCGCGUUGAGGGGCGAGCUCCGCAAGGCCAAGGAGUUCGAGGAGAAGCUCGCCAAAGCGGAACGGGCGGUGGACGGGCUCAAGAGGGCGGAAGCGGACGCCAGCCGGUCGGCGCAGGAGUGGAAGAGCAAGGCGGGGUCGUUGGAGACUCGCCUCGAAGCCGCCUCGCAGCUGAACAAACGCAACGAGGAGUCGCUGGCGUCACUGACCAACAGCUUUGAGGACUGCACGUCCAUGCUCCAGGACAAACAGUCACAGCUCCUCCAGCUCGUGAGCAAGGUGGCAACCCUGGAGAAGGAAGCUAGCGAGUACAAGGAACGUUUCCUCGAGACCAGCAGGCGCCUCGAGGUCGCAGCAGAGGAAGCGUGCGAGCUACGUGCGGCCACUGAUGGACUGAGGUCUGAACAACAGCUGCUGCACGAGGCGCAUCGACAAGCCGUCGGCGCCGAGAAGACAGCGAGCGCGCGGGUUGGCCACCUCACCGAAGGCAAUAACAAGCUGCUCAUGGAGCUUGCCAACACCAGAGAAGAGAGGGACAAGGCGAAGAAGGCCAUCGAGGAUUUGGCGGCCGCGCUACGUGAAGUGUCGUCAGAGGCAAGCGAGGCCAAGGAAAGGGUCCUUGCGAAGCAGGCAGAGCUAGACAGUGCCCAGCUUCAGAUGUCAGAACUGAAGGCGGCGAUGAAGAACGCAGAGGAAAUGUACCAGUUAAGGAUAGGCGAACCGAACUACGAGACUGAAUGCCUCAGGAAGACGAUCGAGAGGAUGGGUUCGGAGGCCAAGAUUUCGAAGGAUGAUUGGGUAUCGAAAGAGGCCGGGUUUGUUGAUAUGCUCAAGAGAUCUGAUGAUGGAAUUAGCUCUGUCCAGCUGGAAAUGAACAGGCUUACAGAGUCUCUGAGAGCUGCAGAGAACCAAGUGCAGGAGCUCGGGGCACAUAAGACCCAGCUGCUCAGUAAGCUGCAGGAAUUCGAAGUCCAGGCAACGAAUACUGAAGAAGAAGCGAAGGCAGAGAGCGCGCACCUCAAAGACCUUCUGUCCUCCAAGGACAAGGAGCUGCUUGCUCUGAAUCAUGAACUCGCCGAGCUGCGACUAAGAGAGAGCGCCGCACUAGAGAAAGCCAGCGAGGUCUCCAAGUUGCUCAGAGAGAUAACAGCGAGAAAGGCCGUGGUGGAAGAAAGCACUGACAAGUCCAAGGCCCUGCUCACCAAGCUGGAAAUGGACAGUGUGCUCGAAUCACUGAAAGCCACGGAGGGCGAAGCGAAGGCUGCCAAGGAGGAGAAGGCGCAGCUGCAGAACAGGCUGAGGCUGCUCGAGUCCAAGAUCACCGAGGCCAACCUGACCUCGGAGGAGGCAAAGGUCAGCAGCCUGAGGUUGAAGGAGACGCUGGAAGACAGGGAGCGCCAGCUGGCGAGCAUUGUACAGGAGAACAGAGAGGUGCGGGCAAGAGAAGCGGCUGCUCAGGCCAAGAUCGACGAGCUCGCCACGCUGCUGGCACAAGCCACCACCUGGAAAGGAGGAGAGCCAUUGAACGGGGCGGUCACGAGGAGCCCGGAGAAGCAGCCGAGCGUGCUCCUGAAGCUCAUCUGCUCGCCGGCCCAUCAUAAUGUCCGAGACGACGACGGGAACAAUGCCGAGAUCACCCAAAACCAAAAGGAGGACAUCAAGCACGUUGAGAUGGAGACGGUCAGGCAAGCGAAGCAUGAGAAGGAAGGCGAUGUAUCACUAUCAGCAUCAGCAGUGGACGCCAACCCUUUGGAGAACAGCAUGAUCGUAGAGGACGACCUGUCUAAAGAGAGGGACGAGGGUUCCGAGUCGAGUGACGAUGACGAUGCUGAGUCAGCGGGGGACGAUGCGCUCGUGGAUCAGAUGAACGGACUGCUGAUCCAUGGCCCCACAUCGUCGUUCAGCCGGGAUCAGCAGCACGUCCAGAAGAAGAAGAAGAGGGCUCUCCUGAAGAAAUUUGGGAGCCUACUGAAGAAGAAAGCUCACUUCACUAAGCUGAGCAGUCAAUCUCACUCCUAGCUACAGCGAUCCAGAGUCCAGACUCCAGACCCACGUAUAUGACUACCCUGCGCAAAGGCCUUUCUUUUAUACGAUGAUGGGUAUGUGAUUUUAUGGUUGUUGGUUUAUGAAUAAUAUUUGCAGUGAUUAGCCUUGCAUUCCAUUCCUUCCGAUUAGUUUCUUCUGUGCUGAUGUUGCACAUCAUUGAGCAAUUAUUCUUUGGUUGUUAAAUUGCCAAGUCAAUUAUUAUUUGUGUUGAAUUUGUAUCCAAAUCUCUACUAUUUAUCAAGGGUGCAAGGGUCGUAGCCUGA